AUGGCUCUGAGCAGACACCUCUCCCUGCGGGGACUCUGUGUCCUCCUCCUCGGCACCGUGGUGGGUGGUCAAGCUCUGGAGCUGAGGUUGGUGGAUGGAGCCCACCGCUGUGAGGGGAGAGUGGAAGUGAAACACCAGGGAGAAUGGGGCACAGUGUAUGAUGACCGCUGGAGAUUGGAGGAUGCAUCUGUAGUGUGCAGACAGCUUGGGUGUGGAGCUGCCAUUGGUUUUCCUGGAGGGGCUUAUUUUGGGCCAGGACUUGGCCCCAUUUGGCUUUUGUAUACUUCAUGUGAAGGGACAGAGUCAACUGUCAGUGACUGUAGGAAUUCUGAUAUUAAAGACUAUCGUAAUGAUAGCUAUUACCACAACCGGGAUGCUGGAGUAGUCUGCUCAGGGUUUGUGCGUCUGGCUGGAGGGGAUGGACCCUGCUCAGGGCGAGUAGAAGUGUAUUCUGGAGAAGCCUGGACCCCAGUGUCUGAUGGGAACUUCACACUCCCCACUGCCCAGAUCAUCUGUUCAGAGUUGGGGUGUGGCAAGGCUGUGUCUGUUCUGGGACAUGAGCUGUUCCGAGAGUCCAGUGCCCGGCUCUGGGCUGAAGAGUUCAGGUGUGAGGGGGAGGAGCCUGAGCUCCGGGUCUGCCCCAGAGUGCCCUGUCCAGGGGGCACUUGUCACCACAGUGGAGCUGCUCAGGUUGUCUGUUCAGCAUACUCAGAAGUCCGGCUCAUGACAAACGGCUCCUCUCAAUGUGAGGGGCAGGUGGAGAUGAACAUUUCUGGACGAUGGAGAGCACUUUGUGCCUCCCACUGGAGUCUGGCCAAUGCCAAUGUUGUCUGUCGUCAGCUUGGCUGUGGAAUUGCCAUCUCCACCCCCAGAGGACCAUACUUGGUGGAAGGAGGUGAUCAGAUCUCAACAGCCCGAUUUCACUGCUCCGGAGCUGAGUCCUUCCUGUGGAGUUGUCCUGUGACUGCCCUGGGUGGUCCUGACUGUUCUCAUGGCAACACGGCCUCUGUGAUCUGCUCAGGAAACCAGACCCAGGUGCUGCCCCGGUGCAACGACUCCCUGUCUCAACCUGCAGGCUCUGCGGCCUCAGAGAAGAGCGCCCCCUACUGCUCAGACAGCAGGCAGCUCCGCCUGGUGGAUGGGGGCGGUCCCUGCGCCGGGAGAGUGGAGAUCCUUGACCAGGGCUCCUGGGGCACCAUCUGUGAGGACGGCUGGGACCUGGACGAUGCCCGCGUGGUGUGCAGGCAGCUGGGCUGUGGAGAAGCCCUCAAUGCCACGGGGUCUGCUCACUUCGGGGCAGGAUCAGGGCCCAUCUGGCUGGACGACCUGAACUGCACAGGAAAGGAGUCCCACGUGUGGACGUGCCCUUCCCGAGGCUGGGGGCGGCACGACUGCAGACACAAGCAGGACGCGGGGGUCAUCUGCUCAGAGUUCCUGGCCCUCAGGUUGGUGAGCGAGGACCAGCAGUGUGCUGGGUGGCUGGAAGUUUUCUACAAUGGGACCUGGGGCAGUGUCUGCUGCAGCCCCAUGGAAGACAUCACUGUGUCCGUGAUCUGCAGACAGCUUGGCUGUGGGGACAGUGGAACCCUCAACUCUUCUGUUGGUCUCAGGGAAGGUUCUAGACCCCGGUGGGUGGAUGGAAUCCACUGUCGGAGAACUGACACCUCUCUCUGGCAGUGUCCUUCUGACCCUUGGAAUUACACUUCAUGCUCUCCCAAGGAGGAAGCCUAUAUCUCGUGUGCAGGUGAUUUACUGUCUGACAGAAAACCCUUCUCAACCUCUGGGGUCAUCACCCCAUGUCCCAUUUCUCUCUGCUCAGACAGCAGACAGAUCCGCCUGGCGGACGGAGGUGGUCGCUGCUCUGGGAGAGUGGAGAUCCUUGACCAGGGCUCCUGGGGCACCAUCUGUGAUGACCACUGGGACCUGGAAGAUGCCCGCGUGGUGUGCAGGCAGCUGGGCUGUGGAGAAGCCCUCAGUGCCACGGGGUCUGCUCCCUUCGGGGCAGGAUCAGGGCCCAUCUGGCUGGAUGAAGUGAGCUGCAGAGGAGAGGAGUCCCAAGUGUGGAGGUGCCCUACGUUUGGAUGGCGGCAACACAAUUGCAAUCAUCAGGAAGAUGCAGGAGUCAUCUGCUCAGGAUUUGUUCAUCUGGCUGGAGGGGAUGGACCCUGCUCAGGGCGAGUAGAAGUGUAUUCUGGAGAAGCCUGGACCCCAGUGUCUGAUGGGAACUUCACACUCCCCACUGCACAGGUCAUCUGUGCAGAGCUGGGGUGCGGCAAGGCUGUGUCUGUCCUGAGACAUGAGCUCUUCAGAGAGUUGAGUGCCCGGGUCUGGGCUGAAGAGUUCAGGUGUGAGGGGGAGGAGCCUGAGCUCUGGGUCUGCCCCAGAGUGCCCUGUCCAGGGGGCACUUGUCACCACAGUGGAGCUGCUGAGGUUGUCUGUUCAGCAUACUCAGAAGUCCGGCUCAUGACAAACGGCUCCUCUCAGUGUGAGGGGCAGGUGGAGAUGAAUAUUUCUGGACGAUGGAGAGUGCUCUGUGCCUCCCACUGGAGUCUGGCCAAUGCCAAUGUUGUCUGUCAUCAGCUCGGCUGUGGAGUCGCCAUCUCCAGAGGACCAUACUUGGUGGAAGGAGGUGGUCAGAGUUUAACUGCUCGAUUUCACUGCUCCGGGGCUGAGUCCUUCCUGUGGAGUUGUCCUGUGACUGCCCUGGGUGGUCCUGACUGUUCCCAUGGCAACACGGCCUCUGUGAUCUGCUCAGGAAACCAGACCCAGGUGCUGCCCCAGUGCGACGACUCCCUGUCUCAACUUGCAGGCUCUGCAGCCUCAGAGAAGAGCGCCCCCUACUGCUCAGACAGCAGGCAGCUCCGCCUGGUGGACGGGGGCGGUCCCUGCGCCGGGAGAGUGGAGAUCCUUGACCAGGGCUCCUGGGGCACCAUCUGUGAUGACGGCUGGGACCUGGACGAUGCCCGCGUGGUGUGUGGGCAGCUGGGCUGCGGAGAAGCCCUCAAUGCCACAGGGUCUGCUCACUUCGGGGCAGGAUCAGGGCCCAUCUGGCUGGACGACCUGAACUGCACAGGAAAGGAGUCCCACGUGUGGAGGUGUCCUUCCCGAGGCUGGGGGCGGCACGACUGCAGACACAAGCAGGACGCGGGGGUCAUCUGCUCAGAGUUCCUGGCCCUCAGGUUGGUGAGCGAGGACCAGCAGUGUGCUGGGUGGCUGGAAGUUUUCUACAAUGGGACCUGGGGCAGUGUCUGCCGCAGCCCCAUGGAAGACAUCACUGUGUCCGUGAUCUGCAGACAGCUUGGCUGUGGGGACAGUGGAACCGUCAACUCUUCUCUUGCUCUUAGAGAAGGUUUUAGACCCCAGUGGGUGGAUGGAAUCCACUGUCGGAAAACUGACACCUCUCUCUGGCAGUGUCCUUCUGACCCUUGGAAUUACACUUCAUGCUCUCCCAAGGAGGAAGCCUAUAUCUCGUGUGCAGGUGAUUUACCGUCUUCAUGUCCCACUCUUAGCGACUGCUCAGACAGCAGACAGAUCCGCCUGGCGGACGGAGGUGGUCGCUGCUCUGGGAGAGUGGAGAUCCUUGACCAGGGCUCCUGGGGCACCAUCUGUGAUGACCACUGGGACCUGGAAGAUGCCCGCGUGGUGUGCAGGCAGCUGGGCUGUGGAGAAGCCCUCAGUGCCAUGGGGUCUGCUCACUUUGGGGCAGGAUCAGGGCCCAUCUGGCUGGAUGAAGUGAGCUGCAGAGGAGAGGAGUCCCAAGUGUGGAGGUGCCCUGCCUGGGGAUGGCAGCAACACAACUGCAAUCAUCGAGAAGAUGCAGGAGUCAUCUGCUCAGGAUUUGUGCGUCUGGUUGGAGGGGAUGGACCCUGCUCAGGGCGAGUAGAAGUACGUUCUGGAGAAGCCUGGAUCCCAGUGUCUGAUGGAAACUUCACACUCCCCACUGCCCAGGUCAUCUGUGCAGAGCUGGGGUGUGGCAAGGCUGUGUCUGUCCUGGGACAAGUACCCUUCAGAGAGUCCGAUGGCCGGGUCUGGGCUGAAGAGUUCAGAUGUGAGGGGGAGGAGCCUAAGCUCUGGUCAUGCCCCAGAGUGCCCUGUCCAGGGGGCACUUGUCAGCACAGUGGAGCUGCUCAGGUUGUCUGUUCAGUGUACACAGAUGUCCGGCUCAUGACGAAUGGCACCUCUCAAUGUGAGGGGCAGGUGGAGAUGAACAUUUUUGGGCGAUGGAGAGCGUUCUGUGCCUCCCACUGGAGUCUGGCCAAUGCCAAUGUUGUCUGUCGUCAGCUCGGCUGUGGUGUUGCCAUCUCCACCCCAAAUGGGGCAGAAGGCAGUGAUCAACUCUGGAAAGCCCGAUUUCACUGCUCAGGGACUGAGUCCUUCCUAUGGAAAUGCCCUGUGACUGUCCUGGGUGGUCCUGACUGUUCCCGUGGCAACACGGCCUCUGUGAUCUGCUCAGGAAACCACUCCCAGGUGCUGCCCCAGUGCAAUGAUUCCGUGUCAGAACCAGCAGGGUCUGCAGCCUCAGAGGAGAGCGCCCCCUACUGCUCAGACAGCAGGCAGCUCCGCCUGGUGGAUGGGGGCGGUCCCUGCGCCGGGAGAGUGGAGAUCCUUGACCAGGGCUCCUGGGGCACCAUCUGUGAUGACGGCUGGGACCUGGACGAUGCCCGCGUGGUGUGCAGGCAGCUGGGCUGUGGAGAAGCCCUUAAUGCCACGGGGUCUGCUCACUUCGGGGCAGGAUCAGGGCCCAUCUGGCUGGACAACCUGAACUGCACAGGAAAGGAGUCUCACGUGUGGAGGUGCCCUUCCCGGGGCUGGGGGUGGCACGACUGCAGACACAAGGAGGACGCAGGGGUCAUUUGCUCAGAGUUCCUGGCCCUCAGGAUGGUGAGUGAGGACCAGGAGUGCACUGGGUGGCUGGAAGUUUUCUACAAUGGGACCUGGGGCAGUGUCUGCCGCAGCCCCAUGGAAGACAUCACUGUGUCCGUGAUCUGCAGACAGCUUGGCUGUGGGGACAGUGGAAGUCUUAACACUUCUGUUGGUCUCAGGGAAGGUUCUAGACCCCGGUGGGUAGAUGGAAUCCAAUGUCAGAAAACUGACACCUCUCUCUGGCAAUGUCCUUCUGACCCCUGGAAGUACAAGUCAUGCUCUCCAAAGGAGGAAGCCUACAUCUCAUGUGCAGGAAGAAGACCCAAGAGCUGUCCAGCUGCUGCCCCCUGCACAGACAGAGAGAAGCUCCGGCUCAGGGGAGGAGACAGCGAGUGCUCAGGGCGGGUGGAGGUCUGGCACAGCGGCUCCUGGGGCACCGUGUGCGAUGACUCCUGGAGCCUGGCAGAGGCCGAGGUGGUGUGUCAGCAGCUGGGCUGUGGCCAGGCCCUGGAAGCUCUGCAAACGGCGACAUUCGGCCCUGGAAAUGGGAGCAUCUGGCUGGACGAGGUGCGGUGCGGGGGCCGGGAGUCCUCCCUGUGGGACUGUGCUGUGGAGCCCUGGGGGCAGAGCGACUGCAAGCACGAGGAGGAUGCUGGUGUGAGGUGCUCUGGGUCCAGACCUGUUUCAAGUCAUCUCCCUGGCAUCUUCUCCUUGCCUGGGGUCCUCUGCCUCAUCCUGGGGUCCCUUCUCUUCCUGGUCCUCGUCAUCCUGGUGACUCAGCUGCUCAGAUGGAGAGCAGAGCGCAGAGGUGGCAUCUCUGAUCUUCUGGGGGAUCUCUCAGCCUUAUUCAGCUAUGAAGAUGCUCUUGCUGAAGCCGUGUAUGAGGAGCUCGAUCACCUUGUGACUCAGAAGGAGAGUCUUCUGGGCAGCCCAGGCUUCCUGUCAGAUGGUGAGGACAACAAUGGCUCCAGAUCUGCUCCAGAAGCCCCAGAUCAGAAGACCUAUGCCCUUGGUGAGGGUUAUGAUGAUGCCGAAGAGGUACCAGUGCCUGGGGCUCCUCCUACCUCUGAGGGGAGUGAGGAGGAAGUGCCCCCAGAGAAGGAAGAUGGGAUGAAGUCUGAGAUAGGCUCUUCUCCAAACAUCUUUAGAGAGGAAGCUGAUCCUGGGGAAGGAGAAGAGAGCCCCUGGCUGCUCCAGGGGGAGAAAGGGGACCCUGGGUACGAUGAUGUUGAACUAAGUGCCCUGGAAACAUCCACAGUGACUUUUCCAUGA